GCGCCGGUGGAGCGGCCGGGGGACGGGAGCUGCGGCGAUGCUGGAGGAGGCGGGUGAGGUGCUGGAGUCGGUGCUCAAGGCCUCGUGCCUGCCGCUCAGCUUCCUGCUCUUCGUGCCCGCCGUGCUGCUGCUCCUGGGCCCGCCGCCCGCGGCCGAGGCCGCCCACGAGUUCACGGUGUACCGCAUGCAGCAGUACGAGCUGGGCGGGCAGGCCUAUGGCACCAGGAGCGCGGUGCUUAACACAGAAGCCCGCACUGUAGAAGCGGAUGUGCUGAGCCGCCGCUGCGUGAUGAUGCGGCUGGUGGAUUUCUCCUACGAGCAAUACCAGAAGGCUCUCCGCCAGUCAGCGGGCGCUGUGGUGAUCAUCCUGCCGCGAUCUAUCUCUUCCGUCCCACAGGAUGUUGUAAGGCAAUUCAUGGAGAUAGAGCCAGAAAUGCUCGCGAUGGAAACCAUUGUGCCAGUCUACUUUGCGGUGGAAGAUGAAGAGCUGCUGUCUAUCUAUGAACAAACACGGGCUGCUUCUGCGUCACAGGGUUCUGCCUCGGCUGCAGAAGUUCUGCUGCACACAGCGACUGCCAACGGCUUCCAGAUGGUGACCAGCGGGGCUCAGAGCAAAGCCAUCAAUGACUGGCUCAUCCCCAGCGUGGAGGGAAGGCUCACGGGGCUGGGUGGAGAGGACCUGCCCACCGUUGUGAUCGUUGCCCAUUACGAUUCUUUUGGAGUGGCUCCAUGGCUGUCGCACGGCGCUGACUCCAACGGCAGCGGUGUCUCGGUGCUGCUGGAACUGGCCAGGCUGUUUUCCCGACUCUACACCUACAGACGUACCCAUGCUGGGUAUAACUUGCUGUUCUUUGCAUCUGGAGGUGGCAAGUUCAAUUAUCAAGGAACCAAGCGGUGGCUGGAAGACAAUUUGGACCACACUGAUUCCAGCUUGCUUCAGGACAACGUAGCAUUUGUUCUCUGCCUUGAUACUCUGGGCCGAGGCAAUACCCUUCAUCUCCAUGUCUCAAAGCCUCCCAAGGAGGGGACCUUGCAACACGCGUUUCUGAGAGAACUGGAGACGGUUGUUGCCAGCCAGUUCCCAGAGGUGAAGUUUUCCAUGGUGCACAAGAAGAUAAACUUGGCCGAGGACAUGCUGGCGUGGGAGCACGAGCGGUUUGCGAUCCGCCGCCUGCCGGCGUUCACCAUCUCCCACCUGGAGAGCCACCGGGACAGCCUGCGCAACAGCAUCAUGGACAGGAGGGCGCGAAUAGACACUAAGGCACUAACCAGGAACACGAGGAUCAUUGCUGAGGCUUUGACAAGGGUCAUCUACAACCUGACAGACAAGGGAACACCCGCAGAUCUGCAGAUCUUCACGGAUCAGAUGCAGAUCCAGGAGGAACAACUGGAGUCAGUGAUGGACUGGCUGAGCAGUCAGCCCCGGGCUGCCCAGCUGAUUGAUAAAGACAGCACCUUCCUCAACACCUUAGAAUAUUGUAUGGGUCGCUACCUGAAGGAUGUCAAACAGCAUCAUGUAAAGGCAGACAAACGGGACCCUGAGUUUGUUUUCUAUGACCAGCUGAAACAGGUGAUGAACGCAUACAGGGUCAAGCCGGCCAUCUUUGACCUGCUGCUGGCCGUCUGUAUCGCAGCCUACCUUGGUGUUGCCUACGUUGCAGUGCAGCACUUUGGUCUUCUCUACAAGAUGAUACAGAGGUUAUCCAUGAAAACCAAGCAGCAGUGACGCGAGUCGUCGCGGUACAGCAGCACUGAGCCAUCGGUGAGCCCGUCAGGAACCUCCUGCUCCCACUGAAUCCUGCUGUUUCCCUUCCUCUGUCUCCUCUUCGCUGCUCUAGAGAGGGGAGGAAGGCAGAAAGAGAAUGAAAUUUAAACUCUUGUGCGCCUUUUAAGUGCUUUUCUUCACCUUCUUGCACCAUGUCUGUUCUCCUUUGCUUUUUUUGGGGAGAGGUUCAGAGACUUCAGUAGUUCCUGCUGGUUGUUUAAACACCGAAUGGCCGAUUCCGAGCGGCUUCUCUGAGCGUAAAACCAAGUCCAGCACCUUCACGGACUCGUGUGCCAUCCAGCCAACUGGGGAGCUGAAACCACAGAGUGUUGUGUUAUCUCUGCCCAGCAAACAAGGACUCAGAGCAGUUGUUUAAAAGAAGGGUACACAUGCAAAUUAAAGAGAAUACUAUGAGUGUGUUCUCUUCCAGCACCUCUUAAGUUCAGUGCCUGGCUUUAGGAAAGUGUGCUGAGUGUCUGCAGGAAGAUCUUCCCUCCUAGGAGGUGCACUGUGAACGGUUCUGACUGUUGUUGACAGAAUGAGGAGAGGUUGUUCAAACGGGUUCCUCGCAUGAGGGUUCUUGGCAGGGCAGGUUCUCUCCUGUCUCUGUUGGAGGAUGCGUUUUGCACUGUACUUGAUUUCUCUUCAAGUUUUCAGUCCUUGAACAGUUUACAGCUGCCACCGCUCUGUGCUGAACUCUUGCUUGGUUUUCAAGGGGUGUCGUACAGCCUCAGUGCUGCAGGAUCCUGUUCUGUGCUGUUCCGUGUAUUCCAUGAGGUGGUUAUAUGAAGAGCAGCUUCUGCUGAGCUCUGGCCUGUAAUCCCUUCAGUCUUCACUCCUCAGUUUUCACUUCCAGAUGGCUUCUGGAAUUCGAGGUGUUUUCCCAUGGUCACCUGCAUCUCAGGGUCUCAUUUCACGUUUUUCUGCUCUAUUAUUUCUGGAAACGCUGUUCCUGACCUGCAUGUACGAACAAGUUCCCGAAGUGCUUGUUGCCGUCUGCUCGUGUGCCGCCCCCGGUGUGUGUGGAGGGAGGCAGGUCACUUAGCCAUUAAAAAGCGAAACAAAA